CUAUCGGGCGGGCAAACAAAACUGGGUCAUCGCCCUACUUUGGCCGUUGACCUCCAUUGCUCACUGCCAGGCUGUUCCUCCACCAAAGUAUCUCUUCCAGCGACCACCACGGCUCAUUUUCCACACGUUCUUCUUCAACUCCUCGGGUAUUGUAGAAUUUACCUGGAGGAGCAUCACAAUUCAACAACAGGCACUCGGUUCAACGACAUUGUACAACCAUAUUGCGGUGAUUCGACACACAGAACCAUCCACCUUUUUUCCAGGUCUUUAUAUCCUCCCGAAGACCCAAGUCGAAAUUUUGUUUCGUCUCUGACGCUGGAAAAAAUCCGAGUCUCGUCCUCGUACGACCCACAAUUCUACCCUAGAAUGUCAAAUUUGGGACUUGGAUACAUUCACCAAGACUCGGUGUCGACGGCUAGGUUUAGUCAGGAACAUAGCUCGCCGUCAGACGAUACUGCGGCUCCGAAACAUGGCACACGACCACCAAUAUCACCCCUUGGUAGCUGCAAAGUCCCCAUAAACGAAGCCGGUAUUUCGCCCAGGUCCGAUUACGACGUCGAGGACGGAAACAACAGCGCGAGACCUCCACCAGCACCCUCAAUAUCCUGCGCCAAACCUCCUUUCACUCUUUCUUUACCGUCCAAUAAACAACGAAGGAGGAGAGGUUGCUUGAAGCAACCUUCCCCAUUAUCUUCACCUUCGUUUUCUUCCCCAGAUGCUUCGCCUGCGUUGAACUAUGCCACCUUUUAUCACACUCUAGGUGGCCCUGGAUGUAGUCCGCCGAUCGGAUCGGAUGGUAGUCGAAGUAAGGGAAGCAGUGGUUCAUCGACGCCCAAGAAAACUGUUUCUUGGUGUAGUCAAGAGCAGACAGGACUUGGCUAUCUGGAAAAUGUUUAUCCGGUCGACGACUGGGACAGAACUCCAAUGGAACCUGUCAGGACACCGUUGAGUUACAAAGACAUUCUUGAACUGAAAGCAAUACAGCGAACCCUACCCCACGCACAACAACUUCCAGAUCCAUUCACUGGGAAGCCGGCGAACCAAUACCUUUCCAAUGUCCCCAUCGGACUCCUGCCCCUUCUCCCUGAUACCGCUCCCCACACUCCCUCGAGCACUCCCAAUAUUUCCCCAAGCUCUAGUACCGGCGUAACCCCCAAUGGUUCAGGUAGUACCACCCCCUUGAACAUCAGCCCACGGGGUUCACAACACGGCACUCCCGAGCAAUCUGCCCAGCCUUCUCCCCGUGAAAGCCCUCGUGGCUCACCUCUCCCUAGCCCUGUUCGCAGCCCGGAUCGCAGUCCUGAACGUGGCAGUUCUUCUUCACCUCCCAUUCAUGCCCAUUCUCCGAAAAUAUCCUCACCGCUCGCCCCUCCCCAUCCUCCAUCAGGCGCAAUGAACGCUGAGGGAAAUACCAACAUGCUCGCUCCACCUACUCCCCGGCCCAGAACGAAGCCAACAUUCCAUUUCAAUUUUGUGCCGUUGCUCGAUACUCCUGCAACGUCCCCUACAUCUGUCAAGCCUACAUCUCCAUCGAACGCGCUGGACUCAAUCCCACAAGCGCUCAACGCUGCUUUGGGUAAUCUCUGCAAUCGUAACACCCUCAAUCAGAAUGAUGAUGAAGAUUCUCCACCUCCCACACCCGCUUUGACCAUCACCUCGUUGGGUUGUGAUAGUUGUAGCGAGGUUGACACGGAGCUGAGCGAUAUUGGCGAGGAUAUGCCAUUUGGUGUCAUGUUCAGGAAGGAUGCUGAUGGCUCUUACGAUUCUUACUCGAGGUGGAGGGGCAGGCCACUUGAAAAAGAAGAUUCUAAGAACAAAAAGAAGACGAAGAAAAAUGUUAUUUAUAUCAAUGGGGAGGAAAUCGAUUUAGAUGGGAAUGCUAGCGAAGAAGACGAGGAGGACGAGCAAUCCUGCGCAAGUUCAACCUGCGCUGUCGAGCAUCAUGAGGCCUGUUCAACGAGUGUCAUUUAUAUCAACGGAGAGGCUUGUACCCUGGACGAGACGAUGGAUAUACCUUCGGAACCGAAGACAUCUUCAUCUCGUAACCUAUCUCCUCCGUCUCGACGAUCAAGAACGCCUUCCCCGGAGCCUGAGAGGAAACCACGUUCACAUGUUCCGAUCUCACCUUUCCAUCGUGCCCACCCGAAUUUCGCAAGAAUGCCUUCGCCGGAGAAGAGCUCACGCUCUUAUUCACCGAUUUCGCCGUUCCAUCGGGCACAUCCUAACCUUCAAUUGAGGUCGUUUUCUCGUUCUCCUACCCGGGAUUGAAGGUUUUUUUCAGUUAUGUUAUAUUGUACUAUCCGUAUAUAUCCCCCCCCCCCCCCCACACGCACCCCCUUUUUUAUUACUGAGUAUUACGGAUAUUACUUAUCGCACAAUUUAUCUGUAGGAUACGGCUCAUGGCGAAUCAACCGCAUUCUUGCAUUUCGCAUAUUUACUCACCCCCUUCAUAACUCUCGUUUACACCUCCCCCCCCCCCCCUCGAGCAUUUUGCAUUUUUUGGCAUUUCAAAUUUUCAACCGUCGGUCGACUUCCCCCCCUCUCCACACACAUGAAAUGCAUAUAGUACUUAGUUGCCCAUUCACGAAUCACAAUUGCAUCUUAUCCAUUUAUUCAAGGUUCGAUUA